AUGGCCCCCAUUCCCGAGUGGGUGAAGGCUUUGAAGCCUGCUGGCCCACAGGGUUCAGAGCUCCUACAGCGUGAGCGGGACAGCUCAAAUGUCUCAGUCGACAAGCUGGCGGAGCUGCUUCAUACCAAGGCGGUGCUUGACAGACAACAGAAGAUUCUGGCCAUCAUGAAAAACGAGAAAGUUUUUGAUAAAUCCCAGAACCUAUCAAUGGGCCGUGUGGAACGACUGACAGCAUCCCUCGGGAAGGCUAAGCGCAUUCAACAGCUGAGAGAGCAGCACAACUGGACAGACGAAGAAUUCGUGAUGGCCAACAAUCUUCUCAGCGAGCCCACCCCUUACGGUCUCCAUGCGAGCAUGUUUUUGGUCACUCUCAGAAAUCAGUCGACUCCAGAGCAGGCAAAACUUUUCCUAGAGCCAGCGGAACGGUACGAGAUCAUUGGCUGCUACGCCCAAACCGAGCUCGGUCAUGGAUCCAACGUUCAAGGUCUCGAAACCACCGCAACCUGGGACCCCACAGACAAGACUUUCGUCAUGCACUCCCCGACCCUGACCGCUUCCAAAUGGUGGAUUGGCUCCUUGGGUAAAACGGCAAACCACGCCAUAGUUAUGGCCCAAUUGAUUAUUAGUGGCAAACGCUACGGACCUCACCCCUUUGUCGUGCCAAUCCGCGACUUGAAGACACAUGAACCACUCGAGGGAGUUCAUGUGGGAGAUAUUGGACCUAAAUUUGGUUACAAUACCAUGGAUAAUGGAUUCCUUCUUCUGAACAAGGUUAAGAUCCCACAUGUAAACAUGUUGGCACGCUUCUCUCACGUGGACCCCGCUACGAGUGAAUAUGUGCGCCCGGCCGCCGCUUCUCUCGUCUAUGGUACUAUGACCUGGGUUCGAUCCACUAUUGUAUUACAAUCCGGCAGCGUCCUAGCCCGAGGCGUCGCAAUUGCCACGAGAUAUUGCUCUAUUCGAAGGCAGUUCCAGGACCGCGAUGCAAAAGAUAAAGCCGCUGGCGAAAACCAGGUUCUGGAUUACAAGAUGGUUCAGAUUCGAAUUCUGCCUCUCCUUGCUGCUACGUUUGCUCUCCAUUUUACUGGACGGCGAAUGAUGGAGAUGUACGAACAAAACCAGAAGCUGAUAACUGCGGGUGGCUCAGAGAAGGCUGGCGCCAUCCUCCUCGCUGAUCUCCACGCCACCUCCUGUGGCCUGAAAGCCCUUGGAAGUACAAUAGCUGCUGAAGGAUUAGAAGUAUGCCGUCGUGCGUGUGGUGGACAUGGGUAUAGUAGCUACAGCGGCAUCGGUCCCUGGUAUGCUGAUUAUUUGCCAACAACUACCUGGGAGGGAGACAAUUACAUGUUGACCCAACAAGUCGCACGAUACCUCCUUAAAUCUGCUAGGGCAGUGUUCGCCGGCCAAGCCCCGGAUAACGACACCUGCCGUAUUCUCAAAGGCUACCUAAGCCGCAAAGACACGGGAGCCGCCUUCGAUAUUCUUGACAGCGACGCCGAAAUCGUAGAUGCUUUUGCAUGGCGUACCGCUUUCUUGACGUUCGAGGCAUUGAAGCACCGUGAUGUCGAAAAGCGUUCCUGGAAUAGUUUGCUCAUCGAUUUCUACCACCUCUCUACCGCUCACUCCCAAUAUCUUGUGGUGAAGAACUUCUACGAGGCCCUCUCCUCACCUAGCACAACAUCUGCCCUCGACCCUGACACGACCGCAGUCCUUUGGAAACUCUUCCGUCUAUUCGCCCUCAAUAUGUUAGAGCGUGAAUCCGCCGAGUUCUUCACCUCCGGUGCUGUGACCAUCCGUCAAAUCACCCUCACACGAACGAAGGCAGUGGUGACCCUGCUUGAUGAGGUCAGACCCCAUGCCGUCCGACUUGUUGACGCAUGGAAAUUCCCAGACUGGCAGCUCGACAGCUCGUUGGGCCGCUCCGAUGGCAAGGUCUACGAGGACCUGUUCUACCGAGCCAGCGAGCUGAAUCCCGCUAACAAUAUAACAUUCGACCCGUAUCCGUCUACCGACGUACUGGUGAAGAAUAAGAGACAAAGCAAGCUUUAA